CGUCACCAAUCGGCGUCCAGCCUAGCGCCAUGCUGUGUUUGGGAGGCGCGGGGUUAGCCCGGGGCUUUCGCACGGUACGGUCCUCAUGGCUGCGUGGUCCGCGCGGACUCCCGCUGGCCCUGGUGCGCACCGCAGGGGCUUCGGGCGCGCGGGACCGGCGAGCCCCGGCCCCCGGGACGCAGCGCGGGCGAGCUCUCAGCCUGUCGGCCGCGGCCGUGGUGAACUCGGCGCCCCGCCCGCUGCAGCCCUACCUGCGCCUCAUGCGCCUGGACAAGCCCAUCGGAACCUGGCUGCUGUAUUUACCAUGCACUUGGAGCAUUGGCCUGGCCGCUGACCCAGGCUGUUUUCCAGACUGGUACAUGUUGUCACUUUUUGGCACUGGAGCUAUUCUGAUGCGUGGAGCAGGCUGUACUAUUAAUGACAUGUGGGACCGUGACUUCGAUAAAAAGGUUGUGAGGACAGCAAAUCGCCCAAUUGCUGCUGGAGACAUUUCAACCUUCCAGUCCUUCGUCUUCCUUGGGGGACAGCUGACCUUGGCGCUGGGCGUUCUCCUGUGUUUGAACUACUACAGCAUAGCCAUGGGAGCGGCAUCCUUACUUCUUGUCGUCACCUACCCACUGAUGAAAAGAGUCACAUUCUGGCCUCAGUUAGCCUUGGGGCUGACUUUUAAUUGGGGUGCGUUACUCGGAUGGUCUGCUGUCAAGGGCUCCUGCGAUCCAGCUGUGUGCCUGCCUCUCUAUUUCUCUGGAGUUAUGUGGACACUGAUAUAUGAUACUAUUUAUGCCCACCAGGACAAGAAAGACGAUGCCCUGAUUGGCCUGAAGUCCACAGCACUGCUGUUCAGGGAGAACACCAAGCAGUGGCUCAGUGGCUUUGGGGUCGCCAUGGUGGGAGCGCUGAGCCUGGCAGGAGCCAACAGUGGGCAGACCGCCCCCUACUACGCGGCCGUGGCUGCGGUGGGAGUGCACCUGGCCCACCAGAUUUACACUGUAGACAUCCACAGAGCCGAGGACUGCUGGAACAAGUUCACCUCCAACCGCACAGUAGGACUGCUCCUGUUCCUGGGGAUUGUCCUUGGAAAUCUGUGCAAAGAACAGACGGAAGAAACAAAAGAAGCCGAGGCCACUAGAGCAGGAAGGGAGCAGACCAGCUGAGCUCGGCCCUCAGGAAGCAGAGGCAGGAAAGCCGCAAGGUCGGGGCAUCGAGCACACAGUAGGACCACAACUCAGAGGAGCAAACCAGGUAGAGUUGUAGCUCAUAGGAAGAGUGCGUGUUGUGCCCAAGGCUCUGCGUUCUCCUAGCAAACAAACUCAUUUGUAAAGCUCUCAGGGCUUGAGACCGCAUUGUUAGAUUGGGAUGAGCAGUCUGUUAAAGAAGAAGCACUCGGGCCCCAUGUGCUGGACUCACUGCAGCCAUGCCAGCCGCCUCCCAGUCACAGCGCCUGUCCCAGGGACCUGGGUGGGGUAGACGCCAGCGCUUACGAUGUGCGAUCUUCUGUCCUUGUUCCUUCUCAUCUGAAGUUUCAGGAACUUGAGAAAACAACUGUGCGACUCAUCUAAUGGUUUCUGUGAAAUGGCCGUGUGCUUUUCCUUAUUUGUCAGUGGAGCCUCCUGUGAGAAGUUGAGGCACAUUAUUCUCUGCUGUGCUCUUCACUCGCUGUCAAAGCUGUAAGUCAAGAAAUCAUUCUGAUUCUGGAAGCUUUAGAAGAGUGUAGGCAAAUAAACGUGUUACUUACA